CAGCAAAAGACAUGCUUCCUCCUCCCUCCACAUGGCAGCCCCCUGAGGCUCCCAGAGACCACAUGGCAGGUCCCCAUCUCUCACCCCUGCUGAUCCUGCUGCUAUCCUUGGCCCUGGGAGCUGCUGGACUAGAAGAUGAGGCCAACAAUACUGAGGAAAAGAUUGUUAAUAGAUCUCCAUGUCCAAGAGGCAAGCAGCUGUGGCAGGUGGCCCUAUUGUAUGACAAUGAGUUCCAUUGUUCAGAUGUGCUGGUCAGCAAGCAGUGGGUGCUCACGGUCACCCAGUGCCACCUGAGAGUAUACAUAGUACAAAUGGGCAGUGAUCUUCUGCUUGAUGCAGAGCUCCUGGAGACCAAAGCUACAGAGUCAUUCAUCCACCCCCAGUACAACUAUGUCACCCUCACUCAUGACAUCAUGCUGGUGAAGCUGCACAGUCCAGCCCAGCUGUCACCAACUGUGAGCACAGUUGAUAUGCCCUCCCACUACAACCCCACUGGGACCAGAUGUACUGUUUCCAUCUAG